AUGGGCGACGAGGAUGGUGAAGAUUCUUCUGGCUUAUGUCGGGAUGGUAGCAAAAUGACUAGAACUUCUAGUAGGUCAAAUAUGAUUGACAAAUCGCCACCUGGCAUUAUUAUGUCAGUCUCUAAAAUUAAUGCACUUAGGGCCUCAAUUAGUAAGCAUGAGGAAACUUUCACCAGACUUAUGCUAUCGAGUAAAGACACUAUUGAGAGAAAGGCGCAGAUAGAGUCUGCAUUUAGAGUGUGUAAGGAGGCUUUCUUAGACGUAUCAUCUGUCUUGGCCCAUUUAUUAGAGGAAAAAUCUUCUGAAAAAUCCGUGAUUAGGGAAGUUAGGAGAGUUGUCAUGGAUGCGCUCAGAGAGGAUAGACAGCAGGAUGCAUCGCGGGUGCAGAUUGCAGCGGAGGGAGCAGGCGCGUCUGUCGCUGGUGGGUCUGUCUCGUAUGCAUCGGCAGUUGGCUCUAAGCCUAAACCCAAGGUACAUGUUUCGCGUGGUCCGACUGUUGAAGUUCGGGCUUCCACUUCUUUUUUGGUUGUGCCGCAAGAGAACAAAGCAAAUGACUUUCCAACAUCGCAAGCAACGAAGGACGCACUAUGUCGUGUCUUCAAGCCUUCCGACUGCGAGCUAAGGAUCAACAACGUCUCAUUUGUGCGCAAGAACUGCAUCAGAAUAAAUGCGAUUUCUCCUGAUCUAGAAAGAUUGAAGAGACAUCAAGGAUUGGCAGAAGCUGGAUUAAAGAUUGUCGAGAACACUAAGACGAACCCAAGAUUAAUCGUAUAUGGCAUUCCGACUGAUAUGUCCUCAGAAGAGAUUGCUAAGGAGAUAUCUGCGCAAAAUUUACAGGGACUGAAUAAAACUGCGGAUGUAUUGAAGGUUGUCUAUAUAUAUCCUGCCAAAGACAACAAGCGCGCGACUAGCUGCGUGCUGGAGGUUUCUCCAGAAGUGCGAAAUUUAUUUAUGGCUCGCAAUCGGAUCUAUUUGCGCUUUAACGCCUGUAAGUUUGCAGAUCAUGUUCGAGUGCUGCAAUGUUACAAAUGUCUUGCUUUUGGACAUCUGGCUAAAACAUGCAAGUCUGCUCCAUUAUGUGGACACUGUGGAGAAGCGCACGAAAUGAAGAAUUGUACUAAGCGAGAGCUGGCCCCCAGAUGUGGUAACUGCCUACGACUUAACAAUAUGAAUGAUUUGGCACAUGAGGCAACGGAUGCAAAAAAAUGUCCCAUUUUGAAUAAAAAGAUAACGGCUCGUAUCGCAAAUAUCAAUUAUGGAUAG